GUGCUACCUGAGAAAUUGUUCUUCAACGAAACAUGUAACUUUCACUUUGGCUGACGCACUGAUCCUUAAGUGUUCAUGCCGACAAACGAGCCACUGAUUGAGGCCAGAAUUCACCCACAAGGACAUACCAGAUCUUAAGGACUACCACCAGACCAGUCCAACCGAAGCAGUCGAGGCCCUUGCUCUCACCACAUUCCUCUGCGCAGCCAGCGCCCCGACUCAUUUGGCACCCACUGCCACCCGCGGCCUUCAAGCACGGGCUGGAGCAAGCCGUCCCAUCUAUUACUUCAUAUACACAGUACACGUCUUAUCAUGGGCUUCUGGAACGACGGGAUCCGCGACCGGUCUCGGUCUCGUUCGCCCUCUCGCAAAGCCUACUACGCCUCACGCCCAUCCUACUCCCGCUCCGCAUCCUCUUUCUUCUCUUCCUUCGGCGGUGGCUCUUCGUCGCGAGGGCACCAUUCUUCCCGUGCACGUCCCCGGUCCGGCUUCAUCAACCGCAUCCGCCGCUUUCUGCGCGAGAUAUAUUCCUACAUGCGUCGGCACCCGCUCAAGGUGUUCCUACUGGUCAUAAUGCCUCUGAUCACAGGCGGAGCACUGGCAAAACUCCUCGCGCAGGUGGGUAUCAGGUUACCGCCCGGUCUCCAUCGGAUGAUGGGCGGUACAUCGAGGCAGACAACGGAACGGUACUACUCUAGAGGUGGGGCGAGGGAUUUUGAAGGCGGGACAUCACUGCCGGGCAUGAGUAGUGGCGUUGGGGAUAGUAUUUCGAGUCUAAUGGGGAUUGCGAAGAUGUUUAUCUAAGCAUGGCAUCGAAGAUGGGAUGCGCGAGUUUGGCCUUGGGGAAGAAUGAAAAGCAUUAGCGAAUAUCCGUACCUAGCCAGAUUAUUUUCAGUAACGAUACGUCACGACUAAAACUGCAAGCGACUGAAGACAAGACAUUCUGAUCAUGGGUUUCUGAUUUCGUUCAUUCGCUCUCUCUAUGGAAGCUAUCUGCGUCCGGUCGCUCAGGACUGUGAUGGUCUAUCGGCUCAUUUCUUCCCCCUUUUGCCUCUCUUUUUAACUCCGGCUGCAGCAGAUGCCUUCUCAAUCUCGUUCUCGAUUCCCGAAGAAUCGACAAUCUCAAAGCCAGAGUCAGAUAUCUGGCUGGAACUCAUGUCGGGCGUCGGCAACUUCUCUGUGACGGCACUGUGGAUGCUUUCGGACACCUUCUCGACGAGCUGAUCGACUUCUGACGGGGUGGCCUCAUUCAUCGGUAUUGGCUCAGUAUUCUUGAGGAAGGGAUCAAAUGCUUUUCUGUACAGCCACACUGGUAGACGGACAACUGCUGUGUCCCAGAUAGUUGGCUUGUGUAUUUCGUCCAAGUCGAG